AUGGAAAAUAGCUAUCAUGUCGGCAGAAGCCGACUCGUGAUCAACCAGGUUGGAAUAAGGUCGCCUUCAAAUGCAGUACUACCGCAUAUUGACAGUAUUCCUGCUCCAAACAGGCAACAUCUUGUGCCAAAUGACUGUCUCUUGUCUGGCCAUUUGGUUGUUCCUCCCAAGGGCUCAACGCUUGCGACGGUUACACAUGAUCAGAGCAGGUCGGAGAGUUGUCAUCUUGCCAGCUUUCCUAUUUCUGUGCACUUCUCUAUAUGCAGACGGGUGGGUUACCAGACAAACACACAAGCCCACAAUGGAGACACAACUCUGACUGUUGAAGCAUGUGAGCCAGCAUACAACCAUUGCGGACUUGUGCUUUGCAUUGUCAACUUUUGCUACAUCGACAAUUGCUUCGAGGGAGCCGAGCGCUGGGUUGGGCUUGUAGGUUGA